AUGACAUACCAUGGAGCCUUCAAUGCCACAUCCACAGAGCUCAAGGAGCACCUGGAGGCAGUAGGCGAGGUUGUUCCUCAAUGGAGAUAUAGCAUGUACAGCCAAAAUCACUUCCACUCCACAACCCAAGAGAUGCUCGGGGUCGUUUCAGGGACCGCGCGUCUCUGCGUUGGAGGCGAGGAGAACCCCAAGAGAUUUGAGCCGACGGUGCAGCGCGGUGAUUUGAUCAUCAUGCCUACCAGGGUGAGUCAUCAACUCUUAGAGGACCUGCAUGGGGAUCAGGCAGAGUUUGAAAUGGUCGGCGCAUAUCCACAUGGAAAACAGUGGGAUUUGUGUUAUGGGACGCCAGAAGAGAAGGUACAGGCGCAGAGAAUCAAGGAUGUGGUUUGUUUCCGCCAAGGUCCGUUUUAUGGCGCUGACGGUUCUGCUCUGUACGUCUAG